GACGGAACAGCAGACAUGGCGUUCAGCUUCGGUGGCGGGACUUCGAACACUCCAAGCUCAUCCGGCUUUUCAUUCGGUUCAUUCGCUGCCAAAACUACAGCGUCCACACCUUUCGGCUUCGGUACCGCUACCACCACUACCGCUUCGUCUGGAUUUGGUAGUUUAUCUGCGCCGGCUUUUGGCGGUGCCACAACGACUACUGCCUCCACUGGGUUUGGAUUUGGUUCCACGACUACAGGCACAUUUGGAGGAUUUGGCACCACAACUACCUCGGCACCGGCUGGCAGCAGUUUCAGCUUCUCCAAUCCCACCAACACAGGUGGUGGGUUAUUUGGAAACACUCAGAAUAAAGGCUUUGGCUUCUCGGGCCUGGGAACAGGAACUGGCACCGGGACAGGAUUCGGUUCCGCUCUAGGGGGAGGAGGCCUCGGCUUCGGAGGCUUCAGCUCUCAGCCCGCACAACAGGGAGGCCUGUUCGGGCAGCAGGCUCAAGCUCCGGCUCAGUGUAAUCAACUCAUCAACACCGCCAGCGCCCUCUCGGCUCCCACGCUGCUCAACGACGAGCGCGAUGCCAUCCUGGCCAGAUGGAACCAGCUGCAGGCUUUCUGGGGAACCGGCAAGGGGUUUUUCAACAAUAACAUCCCUCCCGUAGAAUUCACCCAAGAAAACCCGUUCUGCCGUUUCAAGGCGGUGGGAUUCAGCUGCGUCCCCAGCAGUAAGGACGAAGACGGACUGGUGGUGCUGGCUCUCGGCAGGAAGGAGGCAGACGUGCGCGCUCAGCAGCAGCAUCUGGUGGACUCUCUGCACAAAAUCCUCGGGUCGAAUCCCACCCUGAUGGUCAACGUGGAAGGAGUUAAAGCUAUGCCUGAUGACCAGACGGAGGUUAUAAUCUACCUGGUGGAGCGUUCGCCCAACGGCACGUCGAAGCGGGUUUCAGCCACCACUCUGUUUAACGUCAUGGAGCAUGCCAACAUCAAGGCCCAGCUGCAGCAGCUCGGUGUGAUCAUGAGCGUCCCUCGUACAGCUCUGUCUCCCGCUCAGCUUAAACAGCUCCUGGAGAACUCUCCUGCCGGAGUGGAUCCUAUCAUAUGGGAGCAGGCUAAAGAGGACAACCCAGACCCUGAAAAGCUGAUCCCAGUUCCCAUGGUUGGCUUUAAAGAGUUGCUGCGCAGGUUAAAGAUUCAAGAGCAGAUGACCAAACAGCACCAAACACGAGUGGACAUAAUCUCCACUGACAUCAGCGAGCUCCAGAAGAACCAGGCAACCACUGAGGCCAAGAUCGCUCAGUAUAAGAGGAAGCUGAUGGACCUGUCGCACAGAGUUCUACAGGUGUUGAUAAGGCAGGAAAUUCAGAGGAAGAGUGGAUAUGCCAUCCAGGUGGAUGAAGAACAUCUCAGGGUGCAGUUGGACACUAUUCAGUCGGAGCUUAACGCUCCCACACAGUUUAAGGGUCGGCUAAAUGAGCUGAUGUCACAGAUCCGGAUGCAGAAUCAUUACGGUGCAGUGCGCCCUGAAGAACGAUACAUCGUGGACACGGACCUGCUCCGAGAGAUCAAACAGCAUCUGAAGCAGCAGCAGGAGGGUCUGAGCCACCUGAUCGGUGUGAUCAAAGACGACGUGGAGGACAUCAAGAUCAUCGAGCAGGGCCUGCACGAUAGCGUACACGUCCGAGCUGGUAAACUCAGCUGAUGAGGACCGACGGACACACCCAGUAAUUCUCCUGCUCCACAUGCACACACGUUUACCAUCAUCACAGCCCUGUUUCUGCUUCUCCAUCAAUAAACACCCAGUCUCAAAA